CGAAAAGUGGCAAAUUAUGAGGUGACACUAACCGAGCAACAUCGCGAAAAGUGGAAAAUUUAGGCUUGUUUUAGCACACAUAUAUACAUACAUAUGUACAUACAUACUAGCCACAUAUUAAAUGCAUGCACACUUAUGCUAAACGGAGGAAUUGGUGGUAGUAAAACGGCGGUGGCCCGGCCCCCGAGGCUUUAAAAACCUUAAUUCAUGUUGAGUUGCGACAGUAGUGCGAUAACACUGAGACAUAGAACUGUAAAUUACGCGUCGUGUGAGGCUAUGGAAAGUUGCAAGCAUAGAAACGCAAUCCUAGAUGCAUAGCAAAGUGAUCGCAAUCCUAACACAUAUCCUUAAGGCGAUACGCAGUUCGUGUGUGCAAUUGGAAAAUAAAGUUUUUUAGAAUAAAUAAAUGAUAAUGUAUACACAUACAUAAAUACAUACGUACAUAUAUACAAUAAGGAAUUGAAUUUCAUUUCCAAGUAGGGGUUAAAGAAUUAAUCAACCCGCCGCCUAUAGUCGCCGCAUUCAAAAACAUAAAUUACUCGUAUAAUAAGUGCUCAACUCGAAAGAAUACCCACAGCUCCGCUUUAAUUGUAUUUACGUGUACUUUAAAUUGCAAUAUUUUGUUUUGCAUGCGCUAAACGGCGACUAAUUUUAAACAUUUCUUGGAACAAUCGCUGUUAUCAGCUUUCAACAAAAUAAAAAUUAAAAAGAAAAUUGAAAUAAAUAAAUUUAAAAUACAAAAUGCGCUUUAAAUCGAAAAUAGCUGUUUUAAGUCUAUCGGUGAUUUUGAGUUGUUGUUUGUGGACGCACAGUGACGCAAAAAUGUUAACCAGAUGUCAAUUAGCGAAAGAAUUGUUGGCUCAUGACUUUCCACGUAGCUAUCUUUCGAAUUGGGUGUGUCUAGUUGAAAAUGAAAGCGGCCGUAGUACUUCAAAAGUAAUGCAAUUACCUAAUCACAGCGUCAGCUAUGGACUUUUUCAGAUAAAUAAUAAAAAUUGGUGUCGGAAGGGUCGAAAGGGUGGCAUAUGCAAUAUAAAAUGUGAAGAUUUUCUGAAUGAUGAAAUUUCUGAUGACUCCCGCUGUGCAAUGCAAAUAUUCAAUAGACACGGCUUUCAAGCUUGGCCCGGUUGGAUGAAUAAAUGUCGCGGUCGUACACUACCGGACGUCUCGAGAUGUUGAGCGUCGUAAAUGCAGCACACGAAUGAAGCUAUACGAGUAUAAGCUACGCUGAGAGCUCUGCUAUCCAGUGCUGAGAGCAAUUAUGAAUAAUGACUGAACUGCCAAGUUUCAAAAGGAUAUCUAAAAGUGAUGGUUGGAAUUCAUAUGCAUACAUCUACACAUACAAAUAUAUAUAAACAUAUACAUAUGUAAUAUGAGAAUUAAUGACUUUUUAUACAAAUGUUUUACUCUUAAGCAUCAUCAUAUGACAAACAUACAAAUCAACCAUAUAUUAUAUAUUAAAGGUUUUCGAAUUUGCCAUAAAAAAUUUGCUUAUAAAUUUACAAUAUAUCAUACAUACAUACAUUCAGACAUACCUAUGGCAUUAAGUAAACAUAUAAUUGUUGAGAUAAAUAUAGGAUUUAAACUAUUUUUAAGUUUUAUAAAUUUGAUUGUAAGUAGUGCAAAUUGGCUUCAAUAAAUAAUAUUAUAUAUUUAUUUAA